AAUCCGGUGUCAAAUGUCAAUUAUUCUUAUUCUUCGAGGAAUUUUGAAGGGGCAAGACCUCGUGUUAAUUUUUCUUGGUUUUUAAAACAAAUAUAAUAAGUGACCGUAUUAUAUGAUUAAUCAUUUAAUUUAAUAGUUCAUUUAUUUUAUCUGCAAGGGAACUGAACCGGUAAAUAUAUAGAUCCAUCAAUAUGGAGUCGAUAAGCAAAGUCCUGCAGCCGUACAAGAAUGAGGUGUCUCAAGUGACGCGCUUCGUCACCAUCGCGCAGAUGUUCUCGGGCUCCUUCAUCUGCUACGACAUCUACAAGCAAAACAGCACCAAGGGAAUCGGCAUCAUGCCGUUUGUGGGCGGCCUUAUUAUGAGCGUCCUCAACUUAAAAUUCGGCUUCAUACUGCGGGAUGAUACAAUGAUCCAAGUCAACUUCAUGGGCCUCGCGCUCAACGUCAUCUACCUCGUCAUAUACUACGCCUACGCUCGGAACAAGGGAACUGUGUGGAUGCAGAUGGGCUUAGGAGGAGCGUUCUCGGCCGCUAUGAUUGGCUACGCCGAAAUGGAAGACCCGAAACUCGUCGAAAACAGAUUCGGGUUCAUCAUAACGGUGUUUAUGUUCUAUUUGAUUGCGUCGCCUCUAUUCGGUUUGAAAGACAUAAUCAAGAACAAAAGCACUGAGGGUAUGCCGUUCCCCAUGAUCAUAUCAGGUACAGUGGUAACCUUCAUGUGGUUCCUGUAUGGGAUUAUACUGAAGAAUAAGUUCCUUGUGCUACAAAACGUGGUGGUGUUCAUGCUAUGCGCGUUCCAGCUGUCACUGUUUGUGAUCUAUCCCUCCAAGCCAAAAGACGCCAAGAAGGAGAAGAUUAAGGUCAAGAAGACCAACUAACCGAACGGAUGGGUGAGCCGUAUUGCGGACUGCAGGCCAAUUGCCUUAGAAUAAGUUUUUACAUCUUAGGGCACUUUUCUGGAGAUGUGGCGCGAUGAGCGUCGCGUGGUGCGUCGCGUCGCGCUGUUAACUCAAGCAUGUGGCCAAGUACAAAAGCGUUCUUGCAAAAGCGUUCUUGCAAAAGCGUUUGCUUGUUAACUGGCGUAGUAUGCAGCGUAUAGUCCUGUGUCAAUCAAAACGAACUUUGACUUUGCUCAGACUUAAGACACUGUUAAAACGAGACAGCGUUAUACCACUGGCAUAAAUCUGUCCCGUUUUAACUAUAACUUAAUUCUAAGCAAUGUCAAAGUGCACACUAUAGAUUUCAACCUUACAGCCUGUUCCCACUUGUCGGCUGUCGGGUCCGGAUUUUAAUCGGAUGUUCCAGUGACAGAACAUUUUGACACAAAAUCGGUUUCAGACAAGUGUGAAUAGUUUCAUAUAAAAUGUUCUGCCGCUGGAACAUCAGAUUAAAAUCCGGGUCCGACAGACGACAAAUGGGAACCGGCUGAGAGAGGCUGUCCACGGCGACUUUUUGCAGUGAUUCAGUAGACUGCGUUAUGUUGUCUACAGAAUACAUUUCGGUGUGUAUCACCGAGAUUCAGUACUUAUAAAUGUUGUCUCGGUUGCUCACCGAAGUUGAAAACGUCACGGAAUAGGCCUGCUGCUGUAUCCAUACAGUUCCUUAUUUUGUUAUAAUAAUGCAGAUAUUUGUAAGAAGGCCAUAACGAACAAAACGCGAUGGCACAAAGUGUUACCAUUCUUAUGUUUCAAUACCAAAAUGGUAAAAAAGGAUUCCUUAUAUAAUGUCUGCGGUUUUAGUGCUCAUUCUUAGUACAUAAAUAUUGUGUCGGAAUAUAAUUCCUAUUUUCUAUUACUUAUAUAUAUUGAAAAAAUAUAACAUGUAGGUAUAUUAUUCAUAUUAUGACAAGCUAUUUUUGCUAGCAUAUUGUAGUUUAGUUCGAAUUGAAAUGAAUAAAAUCAUAAGGUCCUUUUUAAUAACAACUUUAGUAAUAAGUAUUACUUUUUUAAUCCCAUAAUACUUUUAAGGGGCUUUUAUAGGAGGCCUAUAUAGCAGCCCCAUUGAUUGAUACACACUAAAAUUUAGUGACUUAAUUGACAUCAAACUAUGAUUAAACAUGUAAAACUAUAAAAGUUUGAGAGAAUCACUAACAAAAUCUAUUUCAUUGCCGAAAUGCUCAUAGGCUUGCUAAUA